AAGAGAGAUGUUAGGAGUGGACGGAAACCUAACAGGACUCAAAACAUGAAGUGACAUGAGAAGUGGGACCUCUCAGUGUGAAGCCUUGGACCGGACACGACGGAUGAAGGACUGAAGACGUUAAAAGGUGAAAGAGUAGGAAGAAUGGGUUGCAUCUACAGCAGUGGGAGGAUGAAGGAGCAGGGACUGGGUACAGAGCCAGGAGGAAUCCCCGUGGAGGCAGGACCUCAGGAACAUCCUGAGAUCCUUCAGCUUUCUGAGAUAUCCAAAGCAGGGAGUCACACCUUCACAGUGAAGAGUUUUAACAAAAGUCGUGUGUGUGAUGUGUGUGAGCAGAACAUCAACAACCCUGGAGUUUUCUGCAAAGCGUGCAAGUCUGCAGUUCACAAGAUGUGUGAAGCCAAGGUGUCUGCCACCUGCACCCCGGUGCCUGACCUGCACAGUUCCACCAAAUCCACAUUGCCGAAGAAGAGAGGCUCUAUGCCAAGAAGUAAAAGUCUGGAGCAAGUGAUGGAGUGCCACUACGACUUUGACCUAAUCUACAUCACAGAGAGGAUCAUCUCCGUGUUCUUCCCGCCAGAGCUGGAGGAGCCAUGUUACCGCAGGAACCUGCAGGAAGUGGCCUCCAUGCUCAAAUCCAAACACCAAGACAAGUUUCUGCUUCUAAAUUUAUCCGAAAAAAGACACGACAUCAAGAGACUUAACCCAAAGGUGCAGGAGUAUUGCUGGCCCGAUCUUCACUCCCCUCCUCUGGACAGGAUCUGUGCCAUCUGUAAAGCCAUGGAGACUUGGCUGACCUCUGACCCCAACAAUGUUGUGGUCCUUCAGUGUAAAGGAAACAAAGGAAAGAUGGGGGUGAUUGUGGCAGCGUACAUGCACUACAGCAAGAUCUCAUCUGGAGCAGACCAGGCUCUCACCACACUGGCCAUGAGGAAGUUCUGCGAGGACAAAGUCUCUUCUUUUCUCCAGCCAUCUCAAAACAGGUACAUCUACUACUUCAGCGGUUUGUUGUCCGGUUCCAUCAAAAUGAACAACAGUCCUCUGUUCCUUCAUCAGAUACUUAUUCCCUCUCUGCCAAACUUCCAAACAGGGGGAGGAUUUUAUCCUUUCUUGAAAAUCUACCAGUCUUUAAAACUGGUUUACACCUCAGGCAUCUAUGAUCCUCAGAGCUCCAGGGCAAGAAAGCUGAGUGUGACUAUGGAGCCGGCUCUGCAGUUAAAGGGGGACAUCAUGGUGAAGUGCUAUCACCGGAGCAGCAGAGCAGCAGAGCGGGAGGUGGUGUUUAGAGCCCAGUUCCAUACCUGCACUGUCCAUGGUGCUCAGCUGUGGUUUGGCAAGACAGAGCUGGACAUAGCCUGCACGGAAGACAGAUUCCCUCCAGAUGCCACAGUGGAGUUGAUCUUUGAGAACGGAGCAGAGAAAAUUAAAGGUCGAGAAUUCUGCAAAAAUGACGCUUCCAUCAAAGUAGACUACGACACCUCAGACCCUGUGGUCCGAUGGGAUUCCUAUGAAAACUUCAAUCUCCACCACCAAGACAGCAUGGAAAAUAUCGCUCAUACACGAGGCCCUAUCGAUGGCAGCUUGUAUGCACAAGUGAGGAAGCGUCGUGGACCAGGUUCCCCAGCCUCACCCAAUGGAUGCCUCAAUACAAGCCCAACUGUGAAACCUCAGUCCGCCUCCAAGUCCCGGUCUCUUACCUUCAACUCCAAGUCCAGUGAUUCUACAGUCCCCUUGGGUCAUCUGACGGAAGCCUCUCCAACCAGAAACUGUCAUGAAAGAGAAAACAAUGACUGUCCACAGAGGAGAGGGGAUGUUGAAGACAAAGCAAAGGAAAAGAUGAGAGGGAAAGAAAGUGAUAGAGAAACAGCUAUUUUGGAUGAUGGAGACCCUUCAAGUCCUGGAGUUUUAAGGCGAGAGCACUCUUGUUGCAAUCCAGUGGCCACAAAAUGUAGUGAUAUUGGAUGGGAACGGGACAGAGAGCUCUGUCUUCCCAGUAGUCACUGUCUUGGACAUUGCAACAGUAUUAAAAAGCAUCCAAAAAGUCAAACACUGCCAGCUUUGCCAUUAAAGUCUUUUUCACCUACUCAUCAUUCAGCUCACAUGGAAAUCUGCCACCGCCAUAGCACCCAACCUUUACCUGAGUUACCAUGGGAACGUCCGCUUAAUCCUCCAUCCUUGCCCUGUCUCCAAAGGCCAUACUAUCCCUAUCCAACUCCUGAACACAGCGUCAGACACAGCCACACACUACCGGCCUCAAACAGACACUGCACUGGAGAAGAAUGUCCCCUCCUUCACUAUUCGAGCCAUGGACCACGGUCUAACCCCUCCCAGCAGCUAAAACGCAGUAGUCCUUACAGAGAAAUAUUUCUCAGCCCUCCAACAUCAUCCUCUUAUUGCUCCUGUCAGGACUGCUCCAGCAGGCGGGAGCAACAAUCAGCCUCAUUCAGAAUAUUUCACCAACCACACCCAGACCAAUCAGGAAACCCACACUGGUCCCAAGGUUUUGGGCUACAACAAACGAGAGAAGAGCCUCCAAUAUGGGAAACUGAAAAACCAUGGGGCGUGAAAAGAGAGGCUGAAUUCUGGCAGUGUAAACCAUCUAUGCCGGUAUUUCACCUCUGCCACUCUACUCUGGAUCAGGAUCCAAACCCAGAGCUACCUAGAUUGGCCAUUGCACCUCAUCAGAACUACCCCACCCCUCAAUCACUGAUAGAUGUAAGAGAUGGGGCAAGCAGUGGAUACCACUCUCCUCCUCAGCCGCGAAACUCCUGCCUCUGCUCUUCAUAUCAGUCAUCCCCAUCCGAAGGCCGUGAAAGCCGAGGUUAUGCCUCAGGAUAUCACUCUGGAUCAGCCUCACCUAUGCUUGCAAGCAGUCCAUCUCCUGCCAGAGGAGGGUUGCCUGACGUGCCUUUGGGACCAGGGAACCCGGCACAUACUGAUCAGCACAAAGUGGAUAACACGAAGACAUAUGCUGUAGAUGAGAUAUCUCAACGAUCAGAGGGUAAAUCUGACUCUCGUGGUCAGCCAAGCACCCCUGGAGUGGACUCUGAUCAUGACUACACUCUCAUUGGUAGCAACAGCCCAACUCACACAGAGGACCGCCUAACUGCUGACAGCGCCAUUCAAAGCCGAGGAUUUGCUACACAUCUGGAGUUCAACACAAGCAGCAGCAAGUCUAUCACACCAGUGCCAUCAGAGGCACAAACACAAUCUCCAACAUCUGCAGACUCCACACAACUGUCAAACGAGUCCUCUCUAUGUGCUAAUGAUAAGCUCGAAGCAGCUGAGAUCACAUCAAGUACAGGUGGACAUUACCGACCAAAACCUUCAAGCUAUGCUACCGUCAUCAUCACUCCAGUUCAAGUGCAACUUAACGGGUCAGCCCUUCCAAUCGAUGUCCCAUCUGAUUGUUCCAGAGCUAAAGACAUGACACCUUCUGCCAAUCUAACGUCUUGCUCCUCUGCCACUCUGCCAAGUUCUCCAGCUGGCUCUCCAGAUCUUCAGUCAUCUGCUGCUGACACAGCAGGACAUAGAUUGACCCCAGACAGAGAUACCGCCACCAAACCUCCAUCCCCUGUACCUGAUGGAUACCACACCCCCACCUUUCCUUUAGCAUCCUCCUACUACUCAUUACUAAACGUUCCUCAUGUACCAUACACUGGAUACACGGCCGUAACGAUCCCCACCAUCCAGCCGCCGCUUCCAGAGAAGAAACGAUUUUCCUCUAAUGCAGCAUCUCUGAAUGGACACAACGCUUUGCUCCAGGCCUCCUCAGGUCCUUCCCCGAUGCACCAUGUAACUUUCUCUAUCAGUGCAGCCGAAGAACGGAGGGGCUCUGCACUGCACAACUGUGCAGAGGAGGCAGAUAUCAGGGUGAAUGCUAAGUUUGUCCAAGACAGCUCCAAGUACUGGUACAGGCCAGGAAUUACCAGAGACCAAGCCAUAGCUGUGUUGAAGGACAAGGAGCCAGGAACUUUUCUUAUUAGAGACAGUAACUCAUUCCAAGGAGCUUAUGGCUUGGCUCUCAAAGUGGCCACCCCUCCGCCUAACGCCAACACCACUGGAAACACAGGGGAUCCUCAGGAACAGCUGGUGAGACACUUCCUCAUUGAGACAGGGCCACGGGGAGUGAAGAUCAAGGGCUGUCAGAAUGAGUCCUACUUCGGGAGUUUAUCUGCCUUGGUGUACCAGCAUUCAAUCACUCCCAUUUCUCUGCCAUGUGCCCUUCAAAUUCCAGAAAAUGAUCUGGUUGGGGAGCUUCAGGACAUGCAGAGUGCAACAAAUACCAGUACAGCAGCUGAACUCCUUAAACAAGGAGCAGCCUGCAGUGUGCUCUACCUGAACUCUGUAGAAACAGAGUUGUUAACGGGACCGGAGGCUGUUUCCAAGGCAACUAAAUGUACAUUGGCCCUGAGUCCACGUCCAGUGCCAACGGUGGUCCACUUCAAAGUGUCCUCCCAAGGGAUCACACUAACUGACAGUAAAAGAAGACUGUUUUUUAGGCGUCACUACCCAAUCAACAGUGUUACUUUCAGCAGUCUUGACCCCCAAGAUCAGAGGUGGACUAAUUCUGAUAGCACAUCAAGCAAGAUGUUUGGUUUUGUGGCGCGGCGGACCGGAACGACUUCAGAGAACGUGUGCCACCUGUUUGCUGAGAUGGACCCUGAGCAGCCAGCUGUGGCAAUUGUCAACUUUAUCAAUAAAGUAAUGCUGGGACCACAGCUACGAAGAUGAAGAACAAAUUGAAACUAUGCAUUAUAACGCAUCAGGAGGCUGUAGCAGGAUUUUUACAUAAUUUUUAUGAAAUUUUAAUAUUCAGUUAAAGCCUUUUUGUUUGUUUUAAUGUGAGUGGCAGCUUUACAUGUAACUUUAUGGCUGUUUGUUUAUUAAAGGUCAAGGGGACAAUGGAUUGUUUAGAAGUCAGUGUGAAAAGUAAAGAGUUACAGAUUAAUAGUGUGAAAUGCCAAAGUGUGACUUAACAUUGCCAAAUGAGAUUGUAACCUGAGUUUAAUUUGGUUUCUGUGUUGUUGUUGAUUUUGUAUUAUUAUUAUUAUGUAUGUUUCUGAAUCCUGCACAAAAUGUAAAACUAACUUCACAAAAUGCAUGUGGGAAAAUCUGUUCACCACUUCAUAAUGGUUUCAGUAUUUACAGUAAAAGAGAUAAAAGGGGAAAUGAGUUACAAAUGCAGCUGAGUUUUUACAAUAGUUUGAGACAAAAAACGUAAGUGAAAAAAAAGACGCAAGUGAUUGAGUUUAAAGUGUUAUGAUAUUGACAAAAAUGAUUUUUGGCUCCCGAUAAAUAAGGGUUGCAUGUAUUGGCAGCAGUAUUUUUAAAGAUGUGGUUCACUUGUUUAAUCAAUACAUUUGCAGUGGUAUCUGAAGCGGUGUGGAGAGCACUGAUGCUCUUGUUUCAGGAAGUAGAAGUGAGCCACAUCAGAGCUGAGCUUCAGACGGCAGAUUUUGGAGUCUUAUUUCCUGAUAUUUGACAUCUUGCCUCAGAUUGAAGAACACGAAUGUGGCUCUACUACUGACUCUGUUUGCUUUGAAACAUUGAUGUUUUAUCUCCACAAAUAACACAAGACUGGAAGAGUUCUGCCAUGUUGUGUAGUAGCUAAUGCUAACAGUUAGCUUCUAAUAGCCGAGACAUUAGCUGUGUCUCAAUUCAGGGUCUGCACCCUUCGAAGGACCCAGUCUACUCGGCCGAUGUGGGCUGGGUCCUCUGCUGUUCUUCUGCUUUCUUCUGUAUUCUGCUGUUUCCUGGACACUAAACCAACAACAGCCCUUUCCUGUUGCGAGUCAAAAUGGAUGAGUCCAUAAACGUUAAGUGACAGUUUGACAUAGAUAUGUCAGGGUUUUCAAAUCCUUGCGUUUCACUGUUUCUCUCAGAAGCUCAUGCAGGAGAUAGGUGUAGGAGACUAUUUUCAUGUCACUAUGGGUGAGCAAUUAAUUAAAAAGUGUUAAUUUUUUUCAGUUAAUCACACCUUUAUUAAUUAUACAUAACUUUAAAUAUACACGGGUUUUAACAGUUGGUUUAUUAAUUUCUUUGUUAAAGCAAAAUGGAAACAGUUUACAGCACAGACAGCUUCAUAUUUUCUACAUGGAUGGUAUUUUUUUCUUCAUAUUCAAGAAAAACUAACACUCUUUCUGAAACAUUCUAACCAAAUUCACAUCCAAUUAAAAUAAAAUUAUUUACAUUAGAAUUUAUAGAAACUGGAAAAGCAAAGGUGAAACUCUGCAUUGUUUAUUACGAAUAAACCUCAUUUUUGUGAAGAAAAUGUAACAUUUUGAUGUCACAAAACAAAUACCCUGACUGUAAACGAGUGCAAUUCAAGUAUUACAAAACGCUUUAAUAGAAAAAAAAUCACUUAGAACCAAAGUUGUGUUGUGUAAAGGAUUUUCAGAUAUAUUAGAUUUUUUUUGUAUCCUUAUAUUUAUGUUAUAUGUCAUUUUCUAUACACUGAGGCAGUAUUUAGAUUAUUUCAGCACAAUCACAAUUUUUCAUAAAGGUUUUCAUGUAAAAGAAGUAAUAUAUUUGAAGUCUUUGAAGAGUUGAAAAAAAAUAAAACAAUUGUAAUUGACUUGUAAGAAAAAUAAUUAAACAGAUAUAUGCAAACCAGAAUAA